AUGGCUUCUCUCCUAAGAUGGGUCAGGACUUCCCUCCGUAAAAAACCAUCCCCGCCCCUACGCUUCCCAUCCACAGGCUUCCAAACCGUCCCAGCAACCCACAUCCUCGAAGAAGAACGCUUCAACGCGUUCAAACAAGGCCACUACUACCCAGUCAACAUCGGCGACAUCUUCAACUCGACGUAUCAAGUCAUCGGUAAACUAGGAUACGGAACCACCUCUACCGUAUGGCUAGCCCAUGAUCUGAGAUCCCAAACAUACGUGACACUAAAGAUCUACACCCGCGAUGAAUCCCACACCGAGGAAUUCCAGAUCUACAAGCAUCUAACCAGCAGCAAACCGUCUCAUCCUGGGUACCCUUAUGUCCGAACAGCCCUUGACACAUUCACGAUUCCCCGUUCCGGGGGGAAUCAUGGCGUUUUGGUCCAGAAACCCAUGUGGGAGAGUUUCCGGCAUCUCCAGUACCGGAACCCUAGUCAUCGGUUCUCGGAGGAUUUGUUGAGAAUGGGUCUGGUGCAGGUGCUGAUGGCGUUGGAUUACUUGCAUACUGAAUGCAGGCUUGUGCAUACAGACAUCAGCAGCGAUAAUAUCCUUCAGGAGAUUGAGGAUAAUGAGAUUCUUGAGGCGCUUACGCGAGAUGAGUUGGAGACUCCCUCGCCACGGAAACUGGUUGACGGGGUGCCGGUAUAUGCUUCUCGACGGUUUGGGCUGCCGAGGACGUUUGGUCGGGUUGUGCUGAGCGAUUUUGGGUCGGCGGUGCGAGGAGAUGAAAGGAGAAACCAUGGUGCGCAGCCGUAUGUUUAUCGAUCACCAGAGGUGAUGUUGAAGACAGAUUCGAGUUAUCCAGUUGACAUCUGGAAUGUCGGGGUUAUGAUCUGGGAUCUCUUUGAGGGAAAACAUAUGUUUUAUAGGAAUGAUCCGGAUGGGAAAGGGUAUUCCACCCGUGCUCAUUUGGCGGAGGUCAUUGUGAUGCUAGGACCGCCUCCGGUUGAUUUGCUAAGGCGGGGGAAACGGAGUUGGGAGUUCUUUACUGAAGAUGGUAUGUGGGUUUAUGAUGUUGAGAUUCCGCAGGAUUACACGCUGGAAAUGUCAGAGGAGUUCCUUGAAGGGAGGAAUAAGGAUAUGUUCUUGGCUUUUAUGAGAGGGAUGCUUCAGUGGCGGCCAGAGGAUAGAAAGACGGCCAAGGAGCUGCUUCAGGAUCCAUGGUUGAAUCAGGGGAUGGAUUAG